CAGAUCGAUCAGUCUGGAUACUCUAAUUCCCCUGGGUUUUUAUUAAAAGUCAACUAGUCCGGAUAGUUUUGGAAUACUUAGAACAGUCUUGUGCAGGUGUAGCUGAAUCCAAUCCAAACAAUGUCCCAUUACAGGGUAAACAGCGUUAGUGGGUCGGCAGCCUCAGUCUCUUUUAUUGGCAUUCCGUACAGUGAUAUCGACAGAACAGGACACUGGGCAGUCUGGUGUAUUUCUAAAAUGUUUGAAGCUGCACGCUUAGCGGCUCUCCUUGAUGGGUUUCUGGACUACAGACGAAUCAUUGACGAGGAAAAUGCCUUAGCCAUUAUCAAGCAACAGUUGAAUUUAGAUCCUAAAGUACAUAGUGUGAGUUUAACAUCACCGAUGAAAUUAAAGUUUGAUCAUGAAUUUAAACAAUUAAAGAAAACUUCCAUCAUGUUUGCUGUUAAGUUAAAAAACGAGGCCACAGAGGAAAUUCUUGGAGAAAAUUUCAUAAAAGUGGUGAGAAUAAAUAGGAAAACACGGCGCUCUUCUUCAUUUCCUGAAUAUUUCUACGAAAAAUAUGCAGCUUUCAUGAAUACCCCCGGUCAUUCUGGCACUGAAAAAGAAGACUUACCGGAAAUUCCCAGGCAUGCUUAUAAAUAUGUCGUUAUUCCAGGACACAGCGACGAGGAUUUCAAUGGCCACCUGAAUCAAUCCUCCUUUAUUCGAUUUUGCAUGGAUGCAGCAACGAAUGCGUCUUUGAAAGGGUAUUAUGAACAUUACACAAGUGAUAUGUGUUUGUACCCCUCAUUACAGUGGACUAUAAGCUAUGUUGGUGAGAGUCUUGCUGGUGAUCAGCUAACUAUAUAUACAUGGCAAAAAGAAGAUACUGCCGACAAUAUAAGAUUUGCUAUCGUACGAAAUGGCAAUCGAAUUUUCUAUGCGUCAACAGUAUUUGGAAAAAACGCAAAUGAAAUAAGAUUUUGGCAUAAAUUGUAAACAGAUAAUUGAAUACUGAUUUGUUAUUGCAUAACUCAUUAACUGAAAUUUUAAAUUUAUUUGUAUUCAGAAUUGUACCAUUCAAGUCAUUCUGUAUACUUUGGUCGAAAGGCUUCUGCUGAAAAUAGCGAUCAAAUGGCAGAAGACAAUACCUUUCACUGUUGAAUGCAUAAAAGAAUAGAACAUUUUCUUUAAAUCAGCAAAAUCAAAACAUAUUUACACUUUAUUCAACCAUUCUGUGUGAUGAAUUAAAAAAAGAAACUGAUAUGAUAAAUACCUGUUUCUUCAA